AUGACUACACAGUCAAGAAUUUUCUAUCUUGUUCCACUUCUUCUAGCCAGCUAUGUGCAGACAAUCCCCAAGCCGGAAAAGAUGAAGAUGGACUGCUACAAAGACGUGAAAGGGACCAUCUACGACUACGGCGCUUUCCCUCUUGGUGGGAGGAACCGCAUUCAGUUCAAGCAGUACGCAGGCAAGCAUGUCCUCUUUGUCAACGUGGCUACUUAUUGUAGUCUGACAAGUCAAUACCCUGAACUGAACGCACUCCACGAGGAGUUGAAGCCGUUAGGCUUUGUUGUGUUGGGUUUUCCCUGUAAUCAGUUUGGAAAGCAAGAACCGGGAGAAUUUGCAGAGAUUCUCUCUGGGCUCAAGUAUGUUCGUCCCGGAAAAGGAUUUGUACCCAAUUUCCAGCUUUUUGCAAAAGGGGAUGUAAAUGGUGAAAAAGAACAAAAAAUCUUCACCUUCUUGAAGCACUCCUGUCCUCACCCCUCAGAGACUGUGGCCACAAACAAACAUAUCUUCUGGGAGCCAAUAAAAGUCCAUGACAUCCGCUGGAACUUUGAGAAGUUCCUGGUGGGACCCAAUGGAGUUCCUGUCAUGCGCUGGUUCCACCAUGCUCCUGUGAGCACUGUCAAGGCUGACAUCCUGUCAUACAUGAAGAAAUUCAAAGCCAUGUAG